AUGGCAACCGUUUCACAGCCCGUCGAGGCCCGGGCCGCGGCCACGAGAGACCCUCUGUCUCUUGAACCCCUCGACACGGACGACACCACCGGCGAGGACGGCCUGAUAGAUGAUGACGCCCAGCUCGUCAUGCAGCCCGCUUUAAGCGUCGCCGCCACCCGCCUCACCCUCUCCCGGACGCCUGCUGCCGAGAAGGCAGCCGCUAUGGACAUGGCACCCGAGAAUCCUUAUUUCACCAGUGUUACACCACCAACCAGCGACGAGGAAUCGACCAGUCCCGGCAGUCUGCCGGUGCCAAUUUCUAUCCAACACGACCGCCCAGCAAGAGCAUCAUCAAGGCGAGCCUCUCCGCCAAGAACCUACCAUGAGCAGCGCUACUCCCCACCACCGCAAAGCCCUCUACCAACACCAUGGCGUUCCGUGCCCAAUGAGACGAAUGCCUCCCCGUCGGGACAACCGAAACGAGCCCUAGAAUCUAUUUCUUUCGGACAGACCAGAGCCCGCCGCUCUGGUUCAGCCGGAGCUGAAGCGUUCAAGAGGCUUUCUAAAGCUCUUCCUUCUUUCCCCAAUGCCAGCAGUUUGUCAAACAUCAUGUCCAACAUGUCCAACUCCUUCUUCUCCUCUUCACCUACCGAAAAGACCGACUCAACACCCGGAAUACCUCGCUCGCCGCCACUGUCUCAGGGGGCGCCCAGGACUGCUCGACCAUCGCGACCACAUAACAACGCCAUUUCUUACCCUGCAAAUAGGUCACAGCCAGGCCUGGUCCAUGAUGGCUCCGCAGACGAACGAGUUCAGUCACCACUCUAUCGGAAAGCAUCCAACGCUCACUCGUUGCGGAGGACGAACUCGGAUGACUCGAUUCUCUAUCACUCGCUGUCUCGCGUCUCCUCUCUCGGUGACGAGACCAUGUUCGAUGACGUACGCGAAAUGGCCAAUGUCAGGAUGAAAGCGAUCAGAGACAGCCUGCCGGACAGGCCAAGCUUUAAAAUGCCUAGCAUGCCCAAAUUUGCUUCACAGCGCAAGAUGUUCCAAGCAUUCGACGAACCGAGCAUUGCGCCCAUUCCCGAGCUCCCAGCCUUCAGUCAAGAGGACGACGAUGCCGCAGCCCUCGAUCGCGUGCUCGAGACGCUGACAGGCGACCUGGUCAUUCUUGGGGGAUAUCGGGGUUCCGUGUUGCGUUCUGCAGAGGCGCCACAUCACCAGCUCUGGGCCCCGGUCAAGGUGGGGCUGAACUUGAGGAAAGCCGACCUUGAGGUAGGCUUGGAUCCCGAGGACGAAGAAACCAUGGAACAGCGCAUCAUUCCAUCUGGUAUGCUGCAGAACAUCGGCCCCAUUGACAUCUCACGCAAACUGUUCAAAAAGGUCAGGUCUUGUGAGAACGCUCGGAAUGGCAAGCUUCGCAUUUGGGAUUAUGGCUAUGACUGGAGGCUCAGCCCUCAUCUUCUGUCACAGAAAAUGAUCGCAUUUUUGGAGAAGCUACCAUCCAACCUGCCGGGGUCACAAGAGCCCAGGGGUGCCCUUGUCGUUGCGCACAGUCUAGGCGGACUGAUCACGCGGCACGUGGUCAACCAGCGUCCCGACCUCUUCUCGGGCGUUGUCUAUGUUGGUGUGCCUCAGCGCUGCAUUAAUGUUCUCGGUCCUCUCCGCAAUGGUGAUGCCGUGCUGUUCAAUGAAAAGAUCCUGACCGCACAGGUUAACUUUUCCCUCCGGACGACGUUUGCAUUUCUUCCAGAAGAUGGAUUUUGCUUCAUCGACAAGGACACCAAGGAAGAGUAUCGAAUCGAUUUUCAUAGCGCUGACGACUGGGUCAAAUACCGACUUUGCCCAGCCACCGAUACGGCCCUCCCAGCCCUGAACCCGAAGCCGGCAACCGGCUUUGGGUCCAUUCUUCGCAAUCGCAGUAGCAGUUACAGUGAGAAGCGUUACAGCCAGCAUCUGAGUAAUUCCGUCGGCGAUAUGACUCGCAAUGCCGAAUUCACAAGAGACCGCCUCCUCAAUCCGCAAGUCGACAGCACAGCUCCAAAGUUGCCUCCGCCAGACACCCGGUCUUCUCCUUUCGGCGCUGGGUCAGAUUCUAUCCCGCCUCCAACGCUGAAUCGCGCCCGCAACAUUGCGUAUCUCAAGCGCACCCUCGCAGAGGUAAAGCACUUCCGGGCCGAGCUGGCACACAAACCGGCCUUCUCCGAGGCCAACGUCUACCCACCCAUCGCCCUCAUGUAUGGCAAGGACACGCCGACAGUGUACGCUGUCAAAGUUGCUGGACGAGACGCCAUUGCUCAUGCGGACUGUUAUGACGACCUCGUCUUCAGGCCUGGUGACGGCGUGGUUCUCGCACGCGAGGCACAGCUGCCAGAGGGAUACGAACUCGUCCGAGGGGGGCGGCAGAGGACACACAGGGGACACCUCACCAUGUUGGGGGAUAUGCCAGCCGUGGGGCGGGCCAUGGAAGCUGUCAUUCGGGGGCGGAGAAAGGGCAUCGGCAUGGGCAGGCCGGAUACAGGACACAACGGCGCUGAAAGUAGCGCAGGCGCCUAG